AUGGCUUUCUUGCACCAACAAGUAUCUUCUGCGAAUCAAAUCUCCCCUGAUUGUCAUUUAUUUAACACUUGUUUCUACAAGAAGCUCGGGGAUAUUUACAAGGGGAAUCACAAGGGUGCCUUAUUUGCCAAGUUCAAGAAGUGGUGGAAGCAUGUUAUGAGAUAUGAGCUUACACAAUAUAUCAACAUGCUUCCACCAAUACAUGAUGUGGAAAAUUUACAACAGUACAUGAGAACCAGAAAUUUCGAAACCGGAACAUACACCAAUAGCCAAUGGGAGGUUUCUCUCUUUGAUGAGAACCAGCACCCACCGUUGGGCCACCAGUUUUUGGAACUGGUUGAUCCGUCUCCAACUCAUCUUCUCCCUGAGAUUUUCCCUCCAUUUCCUCCUCAUGUGCUUGCUCAUUUGGGACAUUCUCCGAAACAGAAACCAUAUUAA